CCCUACGACUGCGUCGCGUGCGCAUCCCGCCUGCUCGAUCGUGGUCUGCUCUGGAUCGUCGCCGUUCGGCUCUCGUCUCCGGAGCGUGCGUCGAGAGUUCGCGAUCGAUCGAUCGUUCGUGCGCGGAUCGCCUGAGCCGUUGCCCCUCGAAACGGUGCUCGAUCCGGUGUUCCCCGAAGCGGCGGAUAUCCUCUCGAAAAGGAUCCACCGGCAAACACGGGGAACGAGAUAAGGAGGGAGGAAGACGGUAAGAGAGUCGCAGGAUCGAACGAGAUCACCGCUCGAACGAUACUUCAACGCGAGAGGAAACAUCCGACGAGCGACCGUCGCUCGUUGUUUGGUGUUCGCGGUUACGCGUCUCCACGAGGUCCCGUAAAACGCUCACGGUCUGGCGAGCGACGCGUUUAUCGAGAAACCGUGCAAACAUCGAUCGACGACUCGUUCGGGGAGACCUCUUUACGAAGCCGGCUCGCUGCCACGCUUGUUAGUCUCGGGGAAGAGGAGUGAACAAAGAAAUUUGCUGGCCUUCUGCGAAGGAAAGGAGGAAACCCGCCGCUAGUCUUCCACGGAGAACAGGAAACCCGCUGGUUUCUCGCGGAGAAAAGGGGGAAGCUCGUUGUUUUCCACGGCGAAGAAAAAGAAAGCGCCGAGAUUUUUGCGCCCGCGGUCCAGCGCAGCGCCGACUGGAUCCAGCGUCGGAGCGAUCGAGGAGAAGGAACGAGGCGGAAGAAGAGGGAGAGAAAGAGCGAGCGAGCGAUGCGCUGAAGCAUCGAUCACGGACGAGCGCGCGGGGAUGAGCGAGCCGUUCAAUUAAAGCGUUCCAGAAGCGCGACAGAGAGCGAAGGAACUGGGGGAGCACGGCAGCCAGCCGCGUGACUCGCUUGGAAAAUAUUAGUCGAGGAGUACGCGGCUCGUGCGAUGUUGCUGCCUCUUGUUAGCGUGUCCGCGGACCGACAGUCGCGCUGAGUCGAUCCGAUCCGUUUCGAAUCGGUGCCACCACGGUGAUCUAGUUCGAGGCCGCGCCGGUUCCAGCCGGAAACAGGGGUUCGCGUUGACAACUGGGGACCUGGUGUUGCCGUGCAGCCGGUUCGUUCGAAAAAUUCGAUCGAAAGUCCGCGGAUCAUGCUGAGAGGCUCCGGUUACGCGUGAUCCCGAUCGACGCGUGGUCGAUGCGUGCCGUGAGAGACUGAUCGAUUCCUGGGGCUGACCGAGCGCGAGGUCUUUUCGUCUUUCUCCAAGGUUUUGUCAACUGAUCGCGAACAUAAUGAAGUGGUGUUUAGUGUUGCUGAUUCUGGCUGGUGUCUCGUGGGCCGACAACACCCUCAACACUUCGGAAUACUCGAUAUUUACGUGCCCCAAGCUGAAAUCUCAGGAGGAGAUCGAUCUCGACAAGAUAAUGGGCAAGUGGUACGUGGUGGAAGUGUUGCAGCACAAAGUCGAUCCGCAGAAGCCCGUGAGCGAUCUGUACUUCGUCGAUACCUGCCCGUUCGUCGAACUGAGGCCGCUGGAGCCUUCCUCGUUGAGGCUUUUGUGGACCGAGGAAGCCGGAAACCUCGAAUACACCUUCCGGAUACCGGACAUAUCCAGGACCCCAGGCGUUUGGAUCUCCAGCUCCCCGCAGAACGGAACACUGGCGAGCGCGUGGGACAAGCAGUACCACCAAUUCAGCGGGAGCGUGAACGUGAUGAAAGCCGUGGCUUCGGACAUGGUGCUGACUUUCUGCUCGGGCCAGCCGGACAAUCAGCUCUAUUCGUUGCUGCUCGCGCGGGAGCGUGUUCUGCAACGCAGCGACAUACGUGGCGUCCACAACCUCCUCGGCCGCCGUGGCUUGAACGUCGUCAGCGUCCGGAUGACCUGCUGGCAGAAUGGUGCACGGAGAUGGUCGUCUUUCGACCUGACCGGUUGGGUGGCUUUGAUAGGUGUCUUGUCCACGAGCGUUCGGUUCGGCACGUGGUAGUCGAAAUCUUAAACGGUUCUCGAGGCUUCGAGGAUGUCCAAGCGGGUCUUUCGCGGGCGAGAGCUGCGUCCGGGGUCUACGAGCCAUGAAGAAGGCCGAAGUUCAUCGUCGAGCGAGACGUUUCGAACGGAUCGAAUCGAGUAGGGUUCACGCGGUAGUCAAUGUUUCUCACAUAUUUCUUCAUCGAUACUUUCACUCUUAACCAGGUAACCGUGCUCGGCGAGUAUACCCGUCAUGUAAUAGUAAUUCGUUCAACAAUUAUCUAUUUGUACCAAUAAACAUGUAAUUCUUGUUUAUUUCGCUUCAGUUUUCUAUCUUAAUCUAUAUUAAAUACACACGUGUGACGCGUAUACUCGUCGCUGUUCGAUUCCAUUGCACAAGUGAAAUUCCACGGUUAACUGGUUACGGAGCGAAGCGUACGCGGCUCUCUCGGCUCGUAGAAAAAUCGGUUUGGGCAUGCUUCCGUCAAAGGAGGAUCGUUAGCUGGGUAAAUCUGCUUUCCCGAUAGAACAAUGAUCGUUGGGCGGAAUUGUCGUUUCUUUCUGGAAUAAAAGUCGGUUGAAAGACCGACGUUGUAACGUUAACGCGAGUCUCGAUGUUCAAGAAGAGAAGAGAGAAAGAACGAGAAAGAGCGGCGACUUCCGCUACAGGAAAAAUGCUACAGGAAGCAUCUCUUACGAAAGGAAGAACUCGUUUAACGACGCGGCCGGUGCCAGGACUCCCGGGUCCUCUUUUGAUCGCGGAAGAAAGCUCUUAAUUGCCGACGCAGCUAACGAUCCCACGUCUGGUGUCCGAUCCACGAGUCCCGGCGCAAUCGUAAUAGGAAUCUCCGUUCGGUUGUCCGACGAACGGACGGGGAAGCGCCAUGCCAGCGACGAGUCCGCUGGCUCCCUCGUCGUUCGAAGCCACGGGGAAAGAGAACACGAAGAUCCGAGCGCGGACUGCUCGCCGCGGAUUCCUGUUUCGCGGAAUAAUGCCGUUCUACCGGGACCGAUUCCGUUGGACAAUGUAUGCUGUUUCGUUUCGUUUCGUCUCGUUUCGUUUCGUCGGGAGUCACGUAGAUCUCCCGCUGUCCCAGUUCUUUCUAUUGCCGUUAUCGCGAUACUUUUUUCCCUCUUCGUCGGAACGGUCCCUCGAGUUUCCUCGAGUUCACUCGACUGAACACAGACGGACUCGGAGCUCGACUAACCGCGUAUAUAUGUAAGCACGUGUGUAUGUAAUAGUCGCGUGUCGUCUCUUUCGGUCGUCCAUUCUCGAACAAUUUAAACACGUUCCGAACGCGAUUCGAUGAUUUUAACCCGUUCACCGAAUAGACAUCGAUGACACCUCGGUUUCUUGCUGGUUCGGCACUAGAACUACUGGACCAGUCGGAAUGAUCUAUUUAAUCAUUCUCGUUUGGCAAUUAUUAAAUCCGCGCAGGUGUUUUUGCGAGGAAUUAGGAAAUAAAUUCGUGUUUGAGAUACAAGGGAUUUUUGUAAGUGUUCAGAAAUGAGUCAUUCUAGUUGCUGAGUAGUAGUUCUAGUGUUAACUUUCACGAACAAUCGCGACACGUUUGUUCGCGUCAAGCCGCGUCGCGCCAAUUUUCACCAGAUUUCGCGAGUUUUCUUUUCACCGUUGAACGCCGACGCUUCUCUUUCGUUCAACGAUCCUGCGGUCGGAGAACGAGAACACUACCGUCGUGGAACGACACACAUAUCAGCACGACGAUUACCGCUGCCCGUGGAAAGGGGAAAGUUCAGAGGAGAGGAGCGGAAAACACGAGAGAACGCGUGCGGCGUCGGUUGAACGUCGCAGCGGCUCUGAAAGAAGUUGAUCUACAUCGUUCUUCCAGCGAACGAUGAUCCUCGUUCGGAAGCAACGAGCCUCCUGCGAACGUUAGUCGCGUUAGAUAGAAGUGUAUGUUGUAUGUAUCUCGGUUCAUGGAUUUAACACUGGAACUACCGAGCAGUCGCGUCGAACUCUUUCGAUUUUUUUACUGAAACUCGGAGACCGAGUUUAGGGUAAGUCGGGGAGAAAUGGCCUAGUUUUCUUGAAAGAUAUAAUAACACUGAUAUUAUGUAAAUAUCAUUGAUACCGAAUGAAAAGAGAUACAUUUAUAAAAGCAAAUACACAUUAGAAGAAUAGUGCAACAGACCUCUGUGGAAGAUUCAACGUGUCACUGGAAAUAAUUGAAAAUAUAGAUAUUUGACGAUUUAAAGAACAUCAAGCCAUCCUCGAAUUACUCUAUCGUGAUCACAAUUGAUUUCUGACUCAGUUUGCGUAUUGUCGAAUCUAUUUCUUUACGGAUUUCUCAGAGAAGUAACUGUUCUAUCUUCAGUAAUUACAGUUUGAUAUUUGACUCAUCUCGUAGUUCUAGUGUUAACACUUUAUCUACCGCUCGUGACCAAGACGACCAUUUACUAACGACUCCUACGGUUUUCGCCAUUACGUAGGAAUGUGUGUUUCUACUUGUAAAGCUCUCUGUAGCUUUAGAAUUGAAGUACGAGUGAAUCUCAUUGUGCCGUUCCGAUUUAUUUUGUUCUAACGAAGCGCAGUUUUAAUAGGUUACCCAUUGUUAAGCAUUCGCGAUCGAGAAGAUUAAUAUUCCGGUAGAUAAAGUGUUAAGAAGACAAUAGCGGCGUCGAGACGAUUCAUCUAUGGAGAUCGAUAAGUAGCAGAUUAUAAAGAUUCGUCUUACCAGACUAGUCGAAGAACGCGCGGGGAACGUUUCUCAAAGAGAUACGAGGCGAUUCGUUCGAUGUAGCGUUCCCUCCGCGCGCGAAUUCGAAAGCUAGAAGAAGACAGGAUUGAUCGCGAGACGAUCGAUCCUCGAAAUUCAACGUAACAGGGAACGAACGCACUCUAAUGUUCGUGUUCUGUCGUCUCGAAUCGAUGAAACUGGAAGAAAAGUGUUUGUAUCGAGCGAUAAUCCCGUCGUGAUCUAUCCUGUACGUCUUUCUUCUGUCUCCAGCUCGUUUAGGGUAAGAAAGUUUCGAAUUUCACUAACACGGAUGGAUCGCAGCAACGAAUUCGCUGAUUCGAUCAAUGUUCGCUGUGAAUCGGGAAGGAAUACACGCGGACGUACGUUCAAAUAGUGAAAUAAGAUAUUUAUCCGGUAAAUAACUUUGUCAUCCCUUUGUUGUAUAUUUUCUUCGAUAACAGCACUCGUUAGAUCUGUUUUAUCGUUCAUAAUUCACUAGAAUGAAAGAAGAGUUCAAUGCUCAUCUGUUUACAUACAAAAUAAUUCUAAAUUUUAUUGACUAAAAUAUGUAAAUAGAAGAAGACUCAAUGACUAAAAAUGGAAGGUAUAUUCUAAACCUAGUGUUUAAUCUUUGUAUAAUUUACAGUGUAAAGUAUAAGCUUCAAAUUAGAAUUCAACAUAUUGAUCAAUCAAUAAUAGUAACAUUCAGUUUCAACUGAAUAUCAUGCAUUUCCAUUUGUUAAUUUCCAUUCAAAAUUUCUAUCGAACGCUGAAACACGCGGCUGCUUCCGAUUUGCUGUUAUCGACGCAAAGAUGUUGAUCAAAAUCGGUGCGUCGCUGCGAUCUCUGCGCGUAAAUUACAAUUAUAGCAGGAACUCUGAAUUGAAUGCUUGACGGGUUAAGGGGGAAAGAACAGGCGUUGUACGAUUGUAAGAUAAUUCAACUUACUGUUAGAUGUUAUUCGCGUCGCUCGGUGGAGCUGAGAGCUCUCCCCGAGUCUGCGCAACGUUUAGGCCAAAUGUGCACGAGCGGUUUGCAGCGGAACGUUACAGCCGUGAUUCUUUUGAACAAAUGGAGACACAAAUUUCCUUUAGACUCAAACAUCAAAUAUCUUUUAGUUGUGUAUCUCUUCGAACUCCAUGGGUACACGCAUGCGUCUAGCGGAAACUAUCAGUGUAAAUUACAAACGCACACACGUGUUUUUCGAUUUGUUUCAUCUCACACAUGCUGUAGUGAUAAUUAUAAGUGUAUAAAAUGAACGAAAAUUUCUUAAUACCAUUUAAUUUGAAACUAAGAAAUUACAAUUACAACUUACUCAUGUAUGUUGUAUAUCGAUUAACAUAUUUGAUCGAUCUACAUACACGUUAACACUAACUGUACCGGGAACAAAUGACCAGGUUUAAAAUUCUCCGUUUUCUUUUGUUCAUUUAAUUUUAUGUCAAUUCCUAUAUUGUCCGAUUAAUUGGUCUUUCAAUUUUCAUCCUUCCUUUUGUUUCUGUUUCCACUAAAAAGAAUUUAUCUGAUUUGUUUAUCUCUAUUCCGUAGCCAAUUGUUUGACUAGUUAGGAAAAGUGUCAGUAUGGUUAAUGUUAAACAAACGAAUAUUCUCUCCACGCGAAACGUUUCGACCGAGAGUAUUCAGCACUCAAAAGGUUACAAUCCGCAUUUUCAGACUAUGAGACUCCGUUCGGUCUUGCUCUAUCUUUGUUCGUCAAAGACAAAAGAUAAGGAAAGAAUUUUGGGUGGACCAACAGUGUGUUUUUGGUAUUAUCCUUUUUGCAAGAUAGAAGGAUUUUGUUUCUCCGUUACUCUAGAAGAAUCGCCGCUGCGAGACUUAGUCGCUGACCGCCCCUGUGCAUUUGGCGUUAAUCGAAUCGAGUAGCCGUGUCGUUGAUUCAAAUCGCACUCGCUUUCUAAAUGGGACUUCACGCCGCUGAACGUAUUCCUUGUACGAACAUACACGAAAUUCGAUCGUCAAACCUUUUCAUCAUGCUUGCCCCGUUUUUACCCGACACAAUUCUAUUUCGCUACGUGUUAACGCACCACCUGUGGGCGCGACGAGAGACGACUGCCCAUUAGAGAAAUUAGACGAUGCAGUUCGGAUUGCCGGUGCAAGGAAGCUGGCGUUCUCCGAUCGUCGAUCGUUUAACCCCUUGCAUUCCAUAGUUUCUCACUAUAAAUACUCAUCGUUUUCUAAUGGAAUAUCGACAUUUUUUACAAGUAAAGACAAAUCGCAUAUAAAUUAAGGAACGGGGCUAUGUUAUUCCGAUGUUUCCUGUAUCAAUAUAUUAUAGGAUAUUUGACGUUCAGUCUCAGACUUUAGAGUUUCGCAAAGGGUUAAAUCUUGGUUGACGCUGGAGCAACCUGUUUGUAACUGGAAUUUCUCUGAAAGCUUUUGACCAGCGUGAAUUCACGUUUAGAAUUACUUCUGUCGGGUUCAACAGGAAGAGAUCGAUCCGUCUCGAGGGGAUAAAUUCGAGCAUUGAUCUAAGAAAAAGACGACUAGAGAUCCGAGAAAAUCGGCACGCCGUCGUUUGUGAAGUUUUCAGAAACUCCGAUCUUCUGGAAGUGAAAUUCACCGAGUAGCGAAGGUGAAGGAUCGAGAUCUGGAGCUGCACGGCCCACAGGUGGUAUGGUAAAAUUUUUUAUCGCGCGUUGCGUAUCUCGUCGAUAUCUACGAAGGCGUUCGAACGUGCCGUGAGUCAUUCGACGCAUCGAAAACCCGCGGCUUCUUGUGCCGAUGCGAUUAUCCGACGGAAACGAGCGGGGAAAAUGUUAGGAUUCGUUUGAAAGAUUCGAUGAAAGAGAGAGCCCGUGUCCUGUAUAUAUAUCCUCGGAUCGAACUGCCUGUGCGCGAUCACGGCAUCGACGAGUGUUUUUGGGGAUGACGAUACACAUAUGGGAAACUCGUUAAAUUAUUGUACACUCGACGGCAAUCGCGAGAGGGUACGCCAUGUUAUGUUUAAAAUGCUCUAGAGUCUUUAUUUAUUGUAUAGAUUGCUCGAUAUAUAUAUAUAAAUAUAAAUUUAAAUAUAAAUAUAAAUAUAAUGAUCUAGUACCUAAUGAUACGAUGUAAUCGUAUGCUUAUUAUGUGUAUAAAUAUGAAACAAU